GUUAAAGCUUUGUAACACGUAAAGCACAAACUGUCAAAAUCAUAUGUCAAAAUAUACAAAGCAAAUAUCCUUGAAUCAAUCUCUAACACAGUCUUAAGCGGUAUCUUUAUUACAUUGCCUCUCUGUGAAUUUUGAUUAAUAUUUUUUUCGUGGAUGGGCUGUGAAAUGGACAUUUACAGAUUUUUUUUAAAAUCACAUCCUUCUAAGCGUAUCUAUAACUGCUGUUUAUUAAAGAGAAUUUCCUCUUGUUUAUCUGAAGGAAGAAUUCAGCCAAUUAGUGUGAAGUGGUAGCUCUUACAAGAUACACCAAAUAUCCAUGCAUCAAAUUCCCAUUCGUUUCAUGGAAGAUCGGCUCACUGAAGACUUGCAGGAUUGAACUACCAUUUAUAUUUUAUUGUUGCUUUGUUCAUUCCCCAUUCCAACGUGGGUAAUUUUUUUAAAGGGACUUGUGACAGUUGUGAAAGACGAAUGGAUUGCUUGUCUAUUGGAUCAAUUUCUCUGUCUCUAUCUGUAGUAUCUGGGGGUUGGGGGGCAGCAGAUUUGGCCUUGGCUGUAUGCACAAAGUUCCCUCUGGGCCAGAGUCUGUUCGUAGUUACACCCAUGCUCUCCUACUGACUUCACUGUGGUUACAUAGGAGUAGCUGAAGAAUGUGUAUCUUUCUGCUCAGUAGGAGUCAUGUGCACACAGGAGAUCAGAAUUUAGCCUUUAGGGCCGAGUUACUGAUAUGAUGGAAAAUGUGGAGUGCAAUACUCAUUAGCCAAGUAUGUUAGGAAUGGUUACUGCUUUUAAAUACUUUGAACAGCAAAGAAAUGUACGUGGAAGCUUUACAUGCUUUUCUAAGGUGGUGGUCCCCAUCAGACCUUUCUCUUUCUUUUAACAGGGGACAAUUAUGGGAUGGAUGGGAAGGCUAAACUGCCAAAUUUCACUGAGGACAUCGACUGGCAAGGACUGGAAGAUUUAUACAGUGUGAAUGAAAGUUUGUACGAAUACAGAUACAACUAUAGACUUAGUCUGGAUGACUGGACUAAUUACUUGAAGGAUCUAGAUAGAAUGUUUGCACUGCUGAACAGUUACUAUGAGCAAAAUAAAACAGACAAAACUAAAACUGCUCAAAACAAUGGGUACGUGGAUGAAUCACCUAUAUCAUUUACCUGGGGGGGACUGACCUCUGCUGAGUCAGACGAAGACUCAAGUGGUCUGAUAGCAGAAGAGCUGCAGCCUAUCGUGCCAACUGACUUGGCAGCCCUAGCUUUGAGCACUGUAAUUUUAAAUCAAGUGAGGAAACUUGAAUUAAAUAAUGAUAUUCCUGAGAAAAGUAGUUUGAAUUCUGCAAACUGGAGAAAUCAACAAGCUGAAAAGUGGUUGGAGGAUAAAGAGUUAGACAGUUUUGAAAUGGAUUUAAGUGGAAACGGUUUGACAGAGCUGGAGGCCAGGCAUAGCUUCAUUCUACAGACAAUUAGCAUUCUUCAGAAGGACUCUCACCAGGACAGUGACCCAGUGGAGGAUAUUUUUGAAGAUCAGAUAUAUCUUCCUGUAAAUUCUGAUGAACCCACUGUUCAUCAAGCUGUAAAUGUCUCCAUCAGGGAUCCAUCUAUUAGGGCUCAGAAAAUGGAGACUAUGUUGGAAAAGAUGGAACAUAACUUUGAAGGAGAGACUUCACAAAUCCUAAAUGUAGAAGGCAGUGCCUCAUCUCCACUCUCCUUGGAAUAGAUCAAAUUGUAAACCAUAUAUGGGCCUCUUUAUUUUUGAUCAGUAAACUAGUAAUGGUAACCACGACAACUGACAUUCCAUGUUUAUUGCAGAUACAUUUUGCAGCUGAAAUGAGCCCACCACUGUGUGUGUGUGUGUGUGUGUUUAUUUCAUAUAUACACAUACACAUACUUGCACAUUAAUUUUCCAUAAUUGAGAAACUAAGUUCCCACAGUAUUAAAAAAGAAACAGUGUUAACUUUAUAGUGCAGUGAUGCACACACUUCCUAGACUAGUAAUGAUUUCCUUGAAGUUUCCUUUGAGUUACUUUUUCUGUUGCCAAAAGGUCCCACAUAAAUGAAUGUCUCAGUCACCUAUGCUAUCUGCAUAAUGUCUUUUUGAUAAAUUAUUUUUAACCACUGGAAUUUCUUGUCACACUUUUGAGUAAAAUGAUAUUGCACUUUUGUAAUCUGUCUCCCAGACCAUUUAUUAAUCUGAUCCUUUACAUCUUCUUAGUUUGCUCAUUGUUUCACGUAAUUGUGAAAUAAUAAAAUGGGUUGACAGGAAAGAGAUAUUCAGCAUGGAUUAUGAAAACAGAUUGGUCGAAUAUUAUUUUAGCAGAAAAUAGUGCAUGUUUUGUUGCCUUGACUUUCAGAAAGGUAUAGCUAAUGAAAGCUCGCUGUAUGAGGAUUUUAAAAAACUGGCUUGUUUCCCUACAUAUUGCUACCAUCAGUGUUAAAAAAUCCAUGAAUUUUUCUAGAUUUUUUGCUGAUAUCCUUACAGAGGUGUAUAUGAGUAGAAUAUGGUUUGUCGCCAUUUUUUUAUUUUAUUAGUCUGGACAAUAGCUUGAUAUUUUCAGAAAGUAUUGUCAUCAAUUUGGGACUUUAAAAUGUUUUUUUAAAGGCAUUAAAGAGAAUGGUAAAAUCAUAUGAGAGUUACAUAUUUUAGAUACAAAAGGCACAUGUGGUCAAAAUCGUAAGCCAGAGCUAUGUUGUUGUUGUAAUGUUUUCUAA